GAGAAGACAGGGAGGCGGGCCGGACGCCUGGCAGACUCAGGAUGGACCUGGGUGCUCGUGGUUCAGCCUUGGGGCUUAGGGGGUGGCCGAGGGCUUGAAAGUUCCCCGAGGGGGAAGGCUAGCGGGGGGAGGCUUCCCCUGUCCCAAGCAGAUCUGGAUGGGGGGCCCCUGUCACCAUGGAGGGAGUACUGUACAAGUGGACCAACUAUCUGAGCGGCUGGCAGCCUCGAUGGUUCCUUCUUGGAGGAGGGGUGUUGUCCUAUUACGACUCACGGGAAGAUGCUUGGAAAGGCUGUAAGGGCAGCAUCCAAAUGGCAGUAUGUGAAAUUCAAGUUCACUCUGCAGAUAAUACACGGAUGGAUCUGAUUAUCCCUGGAGAACAGUACUUCUACCUGAAAGCCAGAAAUGCUGGUGAAAGGCAAAAGUGGUUGGUUGCCCUAGGAACUGCCAAGGCCUGCUUGACUGACAUUCGGACUCAGAAAGAAAAAGAGUUUACAGAAAAUACUGAAGCACUGAAAACUAAAAUGGCAGAACUUCGGCUAUAUUGUGACCUCCUUGUUCAGCAAGUGGAUAAAUCUAAGGAAACUGGCAUGUCUGGUGUUUCAGAAUCUGAGAACGGCAUUGAUAUGGGAACACUGUUGAAAUCCACAUGCACCACAUUCCUGAAGACUCUUGAAGAAUGUAUGCAGAUUGCAAAUGCAGCCUUCUCUCCUGACUUGUACUCUGCUCCAGCUGUAUCUCCUCAUUCGACUGUUCCGAAAUCAAACAAGCCCAAACCUCCCAGCAUACUUAGUCGCAGUAUAUCGGAAAGGCAGAUGGAACUGGAAAACUGUGAAAAUGGCUCUAUAUAUGCAAACACUCACCUUGACCAAACCCUGAAUAAUAACCUGACCCCUACGCACCUGAAAACUGAUGAGAUGUACAACUAUGAAGAAAACACUGAGGAAAAUUGUACAGGUGGUGGCAAAAAAGAUGGACAAGACAAACAGCUGUCAUCAAGCAACAAUCAUGUUGACGAUUCUUUGAAGCCUGUAGACGAUUCCGGGAACUGUUCAACAUCAUUACACCAGAGGGAGGAAACAGACAGAGAUUUUCCUACUUUCUUCAGUGCUAUGAGCAGUAGAUUUAGUGAUAUCGAACUUUUUGAGGAUGGAGGCAUACCUACCGAAGAAUUUCUGCAAUCUUGUUAUGCAAUAGUUCCAGUUUUGGAUAAACUUGGACCCACUGUCUUUGCGCCUGUUAAAAUGGAUUUUGUAGGAAACAUCAAGAAAAUAAAUCAGAAAUAUAUCACCAACAAAGAGGAGUUCAACACUCUGCAGAAGAUCGUCCUCCAUGAAGUGAACGCUGAGGUGGCCCACAUUAGAAACUCUGCAACGGAGGCCCUCCUCUGGCUUAAAAGGGGGUUAAAAUUCUUGAAGGAGUUUUUAACAGAACUAAGGAAUGGAGAGAAGAACAUCCAAACAGCACUGAAUAACGCCUAUGGCAGAACGUUACGACAACACCAUGGCUGGGUUGUCCGUGGAGUUUUUGCACUGGCAUUAAGGGCAUCUCCCAACUAUGAAGGCUUUGUGGCUGCACUGUCUGUCAACGGAUGUGAUAAUCAGGAAGAAGGUUUUCAUAAUGGAAUGCAAAGGGACCUUAAUGUCUACCUACCGGCCAUGGAAAAACAGCUCAGCAUCUUGGACACGCUGUAUGAAGAACAUGGGCUGGAGUCUGAUGAAGUGGUGUGAGCUCCAGCCAGAGCAGUACCUCGCAAAUUCAGGGAUUGUGUUUGUUAACAUAGCUUUUUCCCCAGAAUGCUAUUUCUGUUUCUUUGUAUUUUUCCAUACUUGGGAAGGGAAUGGACUCGAAGCUUCCUCUUUUUUUUUUUUAUACACUUUUUUAAAAUUAACAAAGCUGCUUAUUUGUGUUUAAAUGCAAAGGUGCUAUGUAUUCUGGCAAGGUUAUGCUUCUUAUGGCAAAUACCUUAAGCCAAAUCUGGUGGCAUUCACUGUCUGGUAGGUUGUUCCUACCGUAGGUGGCUCCAACUGCUGAAUCCACAGAGUUUAGUACCAUUAGGCGAAGGCAUUCAGAGCUUGUCUAUACUGGUGGAAUGAUGUUAGGUUCAUACCAAUGUAAACAAGAACAGCAUUUUGCCUUGCAACUAGAACAAUCCACAAGACUUGCAAGCCUUGUUAAUGUUCAUGCAAGUCAUUCUUGUAACUUUUAUGGUAUUCGGGGACAAGGUAUUCGUGUCACAACUACAGUCCUCAUUCCUGAUUUCAUUCCUGGGGCAACUACAUGUUACAUUCAACAUGUAGUUUGACCCUUGUGUGCUUAAAAAAACCCGAAUGGCUGACAUCCUGCAUAAUAUUUCGUGCACAUUGCAACAUAACAUUCAUGCAGUGCAAACAUUGCACAAAUGCCAUUGUAUGACAGUAUGGCCACUAUUUCCAAUGGACAUACUGUUGCACGGCCCCAUUUGCUCAACUAUUGCACUUGCUCAAGAGCACACUUGUGCAACCGAGUGAACUUAUGUUGCCAUGCACAUGUAACAUUGUGCAACCAGUGUUAGAAAUCAGACACGGGUAGCCUGACCCAGACCAAGUCUGUAACAUGGAUAAAGGGAGGCUUUCUGCCACCAUGGUCCCAAUGCAGAGCAGUCCCCUUCCCCUUCCCCUUCAAGCGCUAUUCCUCCCCUCCCCACCCGCCCCUCCUCUGCUGCAAGGGAAGCUUUCACUGGUAGCAAUGGGAGCUUCCCUCCUAAUGGAAACAGGGACUGUAAGGGCCUCAAAUCUGGAUGUGAACCAUGUCGGAGGGAAAGGAUGAAAGCCUCCAUUCCAUCUUGCCACAGUCCCAUCCUGAUCCAGAUAACCUCACCACAGCAAUUGAUUUUUAAGAACAACAACAACAACAAAAACCAUGCAGGGAGCAAGUGACACAUUUAAUAUAAUGUGUCAUUUGGCCCUGAGUGCUGAAGCCGUUUGCUGCAUCCACCCGUGAUGGAGCAACAUCAGUUUGCUAAGAUCUGCUCCAUUUCACUUACCAUGAUGAAGGCAGACAUCUUCAUAUAAUUAUGGGUGCAUACAGAACAACUCCCCAAGCUUCCAGUUUUGUGUUUUAAUGUUAAACCAGAAGCAGAGGAGGAAUCUCUAUGCCAACAUUGUUCUUAGUGUGGCAGUCGCCCAUUUGCAGUUCAAAUCAGUGGGAGCUAGUUUGUCCAUGUGACUUGUGGGAAGCAGAUGCACAGGAAGAUGUGUAUCAAGAUGUGCACUUGAUAGCCACCACACCUCCUGAUGCCGAUGCCCCAUCAUCGCAGGUUAACUCACACUGGAAUCAAUAAAAUAUUUAUACAAGAAUAUUUCUUGUGAGUUAGAGGGCUUCAGGAUUGCAGUUGUCCCAGUCUUCAUGUUAAGGGCCUUUUCCAGACCAAAUCAUAUAAACUCUGUGUCUUUAUGUGGUUUAAGCUGCUAGCAAAUCUGGAUUACAAAAGGCUGCAUUUGAAUAGAAUCUCUGCUAAUGGGCUGGUGAACUUUCCUUAAAAACAUAGUACAGUCCAUGCUUAGGGUAGCUGGGAGCAUUUUUUUUUUUUAAAGUUCAAGUUUGAUGACAAAUACUAUGGUUGUGUGUUGCCAGGUCCAACAGAGAUGUUGGACCCGACAUGCCCUCUGUCGGUGAGUGUUGGAGGAAGUUUCGCAAUGACAGUAGGCAGUCAGAACUGUUGCAAGUCAGAACUACUGCAACAACAGUAGAUAGUCGGAACUGUUGCAUUGCUCCCUGCUAUCAUAACAGAACACCUUCAGAGACCCCCACACUGCCUUUUGCUCCUGUCUAACCUUGACUGGGUGGGUGUAGGGGACAGGUUGCACCUGGCUUGAUCUUUGCUCCCAAAAGAGCACACACAUCCAGGAAGCUGCCUUCCAUGGCACAAGGGCUUCUGGGAUUGGUAGAUUUUUCUGAGACUGCCUCUCAAGGGCCUAGAAAGCAAUUUUAAAAGUAAAAACAAAAGAGAGCCUCUUUUUAAACUCAAGCCACGGAAGGCAGCUUCCUGGAUGUGUAUUCUCCUUCUGGAGCCAAGAUAAUGUGCAUCCUGUCCGCUGUAACCCAUCCAGUCAAGGUAAAGAGAGGAGGAGGAGAGAGGAACAAGGAGCAGGUUCCAAUAGAUUUAUCAGAUCUCCGACAUGACACGACAUCUGGGAGGGGCUGACAUGGGACCGUUGUGUUGUGUCGUGUCUUUGGAAUCCAACUUUUGGGGUCAUGCACAGGUCUGAUUAAUACAGGAGCUUUUCUGUUGCAUCCCACUUCAGCAGUUUAAAUGUGCAACAGGCAGGUCUAACCAGAGUUCAGUUUUCUUUACUACUAAGGAAAAUGCAACUCUCCAUAACAGGUUAAUAGCCAGUACUUGGAAUAUAUCGUAGUCACCCAUGCAUUUAUCUUUUAUGUUAUACAAAGGAGGGAGAAAGGGGAAAAUAUUCAGAGCAGCCAUUGUCUAUGUUCAAUGUCUGAACAAUGUAUGUUCAGUCCAAUGUCUACAAUUUUGUCACAUCUCUUCUAAAACGUAGAGGUCUGGAGAAAUUUGUUUCGUGCAGGAGAAAGUCAUUCACAUAGUUGGGAGCCACGUGGCAGCCACUUGAAAGCUUACUGGAUGGCCCUGUAAUCACAUUGGAAGGCAAUUGUCUGUGGUCUUCAACUACAUGGGUAAGCCCAUAGUUAUUACUCCUUCCCUAGAGACAGACAUUCUUCCCCAGAUUUUUCUGCUGCAGAAGGGUGGUAACACUGGGUGUAGUCCCUUAGUUAGAGGCUACAGUGACCUCCCCAGCUGCCCCUUAGUAAGCUUACAAAUAGUUGCUUUGUAGCUCCUGGUCAUUUGAAUCAACUCCUACUGUCACUGCUGAGAAAAACAGAAAACAACAUUGCAAUUUCAAGUUCAGCAUAUCUAUGGAUCUCUGUUGCCUUAAGGAUGGAAGAUUGGGAGCGCUGAUUCAUCAGUUUCCAAGGACGUGUUGACUAAGUUAAACCUCCAAAUUAGGUGUCUGAAUUUAGAUGUCAAAUUAUUUGGAAGUGGCAUAUAAUCUACAACCUGGAAAAUUAAAAAAAAAACCCACUUCUGUUAACUAAACAAAAGUGCUUCACUGCAAUUGGUAAUAUCACUUCUUUCCACUACUGCCACAGUAGUCAGUGGACACAGGGAUGUUUUACCAUUUUACCACAUGGGUAUAAACUGUGACCAUUCAGCAACAUGGAAUGAGGCUAUAAAUCUAUGAUCUAACGUAAGAAUGUUCAGCUAAAGGCCCUAUCACGUUAUUUUGUGGAUUCCACAUGCUCGCAAUGUAUCUUUGUCUGAUUCUGUUCUUUUUAAUACUCUUUGUGAAAUGGUUUGCUCUCAUCCUUGCUGCAAAGACAUUUCCGUGAAACUAUAUAUAGAAAAAAACAGCUGUAUAACAGCUGGAUCUUUGAAGCGCUUUAUAAAUAAAUGUUAUUAAUAUAUUAGGAGGGGAAAUUGCCCUCUUCUGCCAUCAUUAUAACUCCAUGCCCUGGCCACUGACUUAAACUGGGGGGAAAGGAAGAAUACUUCUAAUCUGAAUUCACCUCAAGCUUUUGCUGGUAUUUCAGUUCACAACUUUGAGCUGGGGCAGGGGAGACUGUAUUUUUUUUUUAAUUAGCUCCCACCAUUCCAAACUGAAAAUCCAAGCUGAAUCUGUUUGUUUAGAGUCUAGUUCUCACAACCAAAUUGAAUAUGUAGGUUUAAGUGGACCUCUGCAGUUUGUAGCAUGGUUCACCAUGUGUUCUCCUCAUGACCCUCAUUUACCUAUCCUAUCAUUCCAGCCAUCUUUGACGGCUCUACAGUGUUUGUAUGCAGUCUGAGUUGAGUUGCAAGCCAAGCCUGUAUUGAAGUAGGACCACAACCACUCUCAUGGGGCCAAACUCAACUCAUCAAUUAGCUUGGAUUAAUUGGCCUUCAAUCUUCAUUGGCUUAAACUUGACAGUUGUCCAUCAGACUUUCAUUUUGUAACAAGCAUUUGUGCUAACAUGCCACACAGGCUUAUGAGGGGGAAGCAAAAAUCCCAUCCUUGCAAGUAGCCUGGAAAAGGACUGUAUGGAGGCUUGCUGGUCAGACAGACAGUGGAGAGGGGACAUGAUUUUCACUUUGCUCCCCUCCCCUCAAAAGCCCUUUUUGCAUCCAGGAAUAUGACCAUGAGGACUAUGCAGUCCUCACUGACAUAUUUCUGUAUGUGAAAAGGCCUUUUGUAAGGACAGAGGAAAGUAAAAAUUGCUUCCUUCUCUCUACAUGCUGUGAUGUGAGGCAUGCCUCACACACAGUUCAUUUCCUGGCGGCUUGACAGGAUGGAGGUCUUGCUCUGCCCUCAUAUGCCUGAGCAACAUGUCAGCCAAUAUCCCUUUUUACAUAUUUUCAAUGUACGAUGUGCUUCGUUGUCUCUAUACAUGCCUUUACCUUCCUCAUCUUGGAUUGCAGGCAUUUUCUUUUAUUAUGGAAAAGCUUGCUUGACAAAUGUGAGAUUCUGACCACUUUCCCACAGGUUUUACACACACACACACACACACACACACACACACACACACACACACAGAGCAAAUAAUACAGACACCGCAGUGCUCUGCUUAGCAAUGGAGCGUUUGCAGAGUUGCAGAAGAGCACUGUUGCAUAAGACGUGCAACUCUGCAAUUUUUGCAAAGCGCGACCUUCUGCAGCGGCACAAACACUCCAUUCAAACAUACACCGAACUUUGCGCAGUAUGUGAGCUACCCUGCUUUUGUCAGGCAAAAACAGCAAGUAGUCAGAAGGCCUUAGUGGGCUUGAGGUGUGGUGAUAUGGGACCCUUGGUGUGGAGAUUGUACAAAUAUUGCCUGCUUGGUGGCAAAAAAUAGCCGGGCCCCUGAUCUCCAUGAUUUACAAGAUAAUUAAGUUGAAAUGUGUGGGUAUUAACAGAACAAUUGUGCACAGUCUUACAGCCAAACUACAAGCCAAAGGCAAAACUUGUUUUAUCUCAAAAUCCUCUUUCUGCUCGUGGCGCAUGAACAAAACUGAAUUGGCAGCCUGGCUGUUGCAACAUACAACCCUGUUUUAGUCAUCUGAUUCCUUUUAAAAGACUGCUAAUAAUUAUCUGUUCUCAGGGAUUUGAGCAGCAAAGCAAAAAUCCAGUAGUCAUAAGUCUGUAUUUUAAAAAGGAGCUGAUUGUUUUUGUAAAAACACUUUAGAUCAUUUUUGAGCUCUUGCAAAGUGCAUUCCUGUAUAAACCACCUGUUCUGCUUUACACCGUUUACUUUUAAGGCACAAGCAAUCCUAAAGCAAUCUGUAAUACCAUGUAGUACUGUAUUUACAGCUGUUGGCAUGUUUGACUUGCAAACUGUAUAUCUGUACAGUAACAUAGAGGCAAUCGAGGACUGUUGCAUUUGAAUGAAGAACACCAGUUUUAGUAGCACUUUCCCCCCAUUGGAGUUUGUGGUCUGUAUUCCAUUAAGUUAAUAUUUUGUAAUAUUCCUUUAUUUUACAACACAUUUCAUUACAAACAGAAGCCUGAAAGCAAAUUCGCAUAUCAUAUUCUGAUGAUCCAUUAUAUUAAAAUGGCAGAGGUUUUGA